AUGCAGAAACUGAUAUCUACGGAAAGAAAUGAAAAAGAAAUAAAUAAAAAUUUAAGGGAUAUUAACAAAAAGCUACAAGCUGUGUAUAGAUUUGUUAGUUCUGUACAAUCGACUUUCAUGGAACUCUUUGAAUUCAAUAUGAAAGCUACAACAUUUUUAUUACCCUUUUCUGCAUUUCAAAUAGUUCAAUCUCUUCGAAAUUUAGAACUCAACAUGGAGUUUAUUUGUUUCUUCUCAGGCAGUAUUUUACACUUCUUUAUGCCUUGUUAUUGCAGUAAUCUUUUAAUGGAUAAGGGCAACAGUCUGCGAGAAGAAAUUUACUCAUGCGGUUGGGAAAAUCAACCAAAUAUUAAAAUAAGGAAAACCUUGUUGUUUAUGUUAACCAGAUGCAAUAUACCUCUCAGUAUUAGAACUAUAUUCUAUCCAAUUAACCUUGGGACAUUUGCAGAGAUGUGUCGUCAAGCUUACACGAUAUUCAGUAUAAUGAAUGCGGCCUGGUCAUAA